AUGUGGAUCGAUCUCCUGCGGCAGGCGCAGGUCGUGCCCGAGCGUGCACACGUCAACAUGCAGGCAAACCGGCUCCACCUCGCAUACGACAUUCACAGGGACAUUGACGAUCAAUUACUCGACCUUUUCCCACACGGAGGCCAAGUCAUCGCGCGGCUUGUGUCCGAGACCAAGUACCAGGAGGAGCGACUCGCCGCGAGUUCGAGCGAUACGAUAUCCGAAGCUCCCGCCAAACUGCCCGCUCGCCCGCCGUUCAAGCUCUUCUACGCUGCGGCCGAGAAAGACGGCGCCUGCUUCCGUCUCAUCGCGUCGAACCGCAAAGACAUGCCGGUCAUCGUGCGAUACGACCAACACCGUAUCCCGACCGUCUUUGCGCUAGAAGGGAUCGCGCCGGACGACCCUCUUCGUCUCGUCCUCUUUGGCGCGAAGAACCCGCCUCCGAGCACGCCCGUCUUGCCCGCUCUCGUCGCGCCCGUCUCGAUGAACCUGUUGAUCUGGGCGAUGAGCGACCGUCUGCGGCGUUCUCCUCCUUCUCACGCGAACCUGCGCCAUGAAGCUUCGAUCCUCGCGCAGUUCGUCGACCUCCUCCUCGAGUUCUGGUUCAUCAACGACAAGACUCCUGCUGCCGACGUUGCAGAACUUGUCGGGCGCGCGCGCGUACUCGUCCAGGAGCACGGAGGUCCGGAAUGGGCGCAACAGCUUUCGAGACUCGCGACGGUCGACUAUUCAGACAUCAUCAAGGCUGUCGCGCUCCCCGACAAUGCACUCCGCUCGCAGGACCCUCCGCCGACACCCGAAGAGCGCGUGUUGAUGCUCGAGGCUGCAGCAGCAGCAACCUACAGCGACGACGAGGAUGCCGACCUCCCUCCGCUCGACUUCCCGGAGCCAAAUCUUCCUUCACAGCUCGGCAGCGUCCCUUCUCACCCGCUCACUACCGCCGCACUCUAG